AAACGACAUUUAACUGCAGUCGAUACAUUCACCAUUUCGCAUUACUCCUUUUCCUCAACGGCAACCGCGGAUACGUCUCAACUUAUAAAUACCCUGCUGAACAGUUAUUUUUUUCGCUAUUUAGGUGCUUAGGGUGGCUAACUUAAUCACUUUGUUCACCAUGACCUCGAAACGGCGUUUUUGUAGAGAGGUUCGCGAGUCAUACCGAUAAUUAUUCGGUUAUAUAAAAAUGCAGGUCGAGGUUACGACCAAGCACGUGAGCGGCGCCAGAAAUGCGUAUUUUGCGACGAGCGAGCUGCUCAGGCGCCGUGGCGCGCUGCGUUUAACGUCACGAGCGGCUGCUCGCGGUCUCCACGUGACCUGACAAAGUCACCCUGUGACCGUACGUGCUGGACCUGAUCGGUAUUGGUACACAUAUGCGUUAUAGACAUUGUGUUGCGCUACUGGUUUUACACCAGUGAUGUGGAAACGUCGGAUGGGAAAUACAUCUCGCCCUUCCAUGACAUUCCGCUGUUUGCUGCAGCUGAGCAAGAAAAUGACAUUCCUUCAUCGAAGAAAGUGAAGAUGAGCGAGAAUGAGGUGCUGUUUAAUAUGGUUGUGGAGGUGCCACGCUGGUCGAACGCGAAAAUGGAGAUUGCCACCAAAGAACCACUGAACCCGAUCAAGCAGGACGUGAAAAAAGGGAAACUUCGAUAUGUCGCCAACGUCUUUCCCCACAAGGGUUAUAUUUGGAACUAUGGUGCUCUCCCGCAGACUUGGGAAGAUCCGUGCCACACAGACAAGGACACUAAGUGUUGUGGUGACAACGACCCCAUCGACGUCUGUGAUAUCGGCACGAAGGUGUGCUCUGCAGGACAGGUGAUCCAGGUGAAAGUCCUGGGAGUAGUGGCCUUGAUCGACGAGGGUGAGACAGACUGGAAAGUAAUCGCCAUUAACAUGGAGGACCCGGAUGCCUCCAUGCUAAACAGUAUCGAGGAUGUCCAGAAGAGCCGACCCGGACAUUUAGAAGCCACGGUCCAGUGGUUUAAGAAGUACAAGGUUCCGGACGGGAAGCCGGAGAACCGGUUUGCCUUCAGUGGUCAAAUCAGGGACAAGGAUUUUGCCAUUGAAGUUAUAAAGUCCACUCACAAGUACUGGAAGGCACUGGUACAGAAACAGACAGAUGGAGGGGAAAUAAACUGCACAAACCUGUCCGUGUGCGAGAGCCCCUUCAGGUGUACGGAGAGCGAAGCCGGCGACGUGGUGACCUCGGCUCCAGCGUGUGGAGAACCUGCUCCUAUCCCAAGCGAAGUGGACAAAUGGCACUUUCUGUCAAAGUGACCUCCAAGCCUUGUUGAAAGCUAAAGGCUGUUUAUGGGAAUUCAUCCCUCUUGGAGCAUUGAAAUACUCUUGUUCUGAAGAACCAAACUGAUUUGUUAUGCUUUUAUGUUUAGUUUUGUAAAGAAGAAAUACCUUUUUGUAUGGGAAUUGUUUCAGACGGAAAGCUUAACAUUGCUUUAUUCUAGCCGCCGACGGGGCAGGUUAGGUUUUCCUUAAUUGCCUCGAGUCCAUUAUAGUGGUUAUUUUAAAUGUUUUUUUGUCAUCACUUGUGGGAGAGGCAGGUUUAGUGGCGAUCAGAAAUGAUUUGCUUUCUUGCAGAUUAAAUUUUCCCAGGGAGUUUGGGAAAUGUGUUUAACUGAACCCGACUGAAUGGCUUUAAGCACCAUAGAGAGAAUACAAAAAUGAACUUUUUGGUUUCCUGAUAUGCACACUCCACCGACUGGGAUUAAGGUCUUAUUUGUAAUUUUGAUUAAUGUAAUACAUAUUCCUUAAAGGGAUUAUCUGUAUUUCUGAUGCUUUUGAAUGACCUUUACAUGCGAACAUGUUCAGUGGAAAUGGAUACUCAGAAUGUUUCUUUGCCUUCGAAAACCAAAAUGUUCCUUUGCUAAAAAGCAUAUUUUUCAUUUUUGUAAUUUAUCCAGUAUUAGCAUUUCCCCUUAAUUUUCCAAAUAAAUGGACCUGGGACAAGUAAUUGUCAACAGCGCUUCAUAUCUGGAA